UUACUUUUCCUAAAUAAUCGUCACAAGAAUCUUAUUUACAUCUUAGCCACUGCCAAAAGAACAAAACCUGUACCGUGUCCAGAAAUAUGUUUUCCGGAAAAUAAUGAAAAAGCAACCGAAUAAUAUUAUAACAUCAUUGAGAAUGCCAUCAAAGAUUAAGGACGACCACAAGACCGACGGCGUGCUUCGUCGCUCCGGCGGCUCCAGCUCCAGUUCGUCUGAGGACGACGGCGUGGGCGGGAGGAGGAAGAAGGGGAUGAAGGAGAAGAUCAAGGAGAAGCUCCCCGGUGGCAACAAGCAGGCCGAUGAGCAGCAGAUGGCAGGCGUCGGGCAGCAAGCAGGGCACACUACUGGAGCCACCGGCACUGGCACUGGCACUGCUGGAACGGACGGGGCGGAGGCCACCACCGGCGAGAAGAAGGGCGUGAUGGAGAAGAUCAAGGAGAAGCUUCCCGGGCAGCACUGAGCUAUGUAUGUAUAUCCUGAAAGCUCAGAUGUAUAAUGGGCUAGCUAAAUAAGCCGUCGCACGUAGCGCGACGAAGUGGGUGCGUGUUUGUGGUGUUCGCGUGCGGAUAUGUGUCACAUUCUGAUAUGCCAAUUGAACAUCCUGAAAUGAUCAGUCACAUGGAUAAACACUUGAGACAUUAUUCCAAACUUUAAAUCAU